AUGGCUAGGACACGCACACCCUCAUCUGCUGGACGUGGUGCUACUCAGGGUGGCGAUCAAGUUGGCGUUCAUCAAACUAGAAGACAGGCUGCCCCUCAACCUGAAAUUGGGAAAUGGGUCAACUCCAAGCUGCUAUGCCAUAUCAAGUGCAAGGCUCCUCAGGCUACUUUACAGACACAAGCACCUGCACAGACUCAGACUUUUGGGAAUAAGGAAGUAUCCCUACAAGAGUUCCUGAAAUUGAAAUCACCAAAAUUCACAGGUUCUGAUAAUUUAGCUGACCCUCAAAGUUUCUUGGAUGGGACACUCAAGGCAUUACAUGCUCUAAGAUAUUCUAGUGAGAGAGUCUUAGAGCUCGCAGCAUACAAACUAGAGGAUAUGGCCAACAUAUGGUAUGAAACUGUAUUGCUAGGAAGGCCAGCAGGAGCAGCACCACUGACAUGGGACGAAUUCACUAAAUUGUUCAUGAAUUAUUUUCUUUCGGACAGCCUGAUGCAAAAAUAUUCUAGAGACUUUGAGAGAUUGGUUCAGACUCCAGAUAUGGAUGUGUCAACAUAUAACACUAAGUUUUGUAAGCUGGCUAGAUAUUCCCCUUACUUAGUGCCUACCGAAGAAUCUCGAGUUCAGAGGUUUGUUGAUGGAUUGGUUGGCCGUCUAUACACUGCAGUAUCCCCAAAAAUGAAGACUUUAUCCUACUCUAAUGCAGUCGACCUUGCUAGAAAGAUUGAAAUCAAGGGACGUGAGGAGCGUGCAGCUAGUGAUUUACAUAAGAAGGCCAAGACAGGAGGGUCUUUCAGUACCGGUUUAAGUGAAAAUCGAAGAGCAGGAAAUCAGGGACAACAACAACAGAGUUCUCAGACAGGGUCACACUUGUCUUCACAGUCCACAUACAGACCACAUUACAGACAGGGUAAUAGGGGACCAUCAUCUUCUGGAUAUCAUAAUUUUGGGCAGAUAUAUGCCACUACUCCAGCUCAACGACUACUGAAGAAAGGUUGCUUGGGUCUCAUAGAUAUUGUAAAUGAAACAAGAAAAGAAACAGUUAGUAUAGAAAAUGUACCAGUAGUGAGAGAAUUUUCCAAUGUAUUUCCUGAGGAAUUUCCAGGAUUGCCUCCAGUACGAGAAAUAGAUUUUGGUAUUGAUUUACUACCUGACACACAACCCACAUCAAUACCGCCAUAUCGGAUGGCACUAGCAGAGUUGAAGGAGAUAAAACAACAACUGCAGGAUUUGUUAGAUAAGGGUUUUAUCAGACCGAGUAUAUCUCCAUGGGGUGCACCAAUAUUGUUCGUAAAGAAGAAAGACAGAUCCCUGAGAAUCCAAGGAGAACAUGAGAAUCAUCUCAGGAUUGUGUUGCAGACAUUGCGAGAGCAUCGGCAUUAUGCUAAGUUCUCGAAGUGUGAAUUUUGGCUAGACUCGGUAGCAUUUCUAGGGCAUGUUGUAUCCAAAGAUGGAAUUAUGAGACUAGAAGAUAUAGGUAUCAUAUUUAGUGUCGGAAAUUCAGAGACAUUGUUGGCUUGUGCUCAAGCUAAGUCUUCAUUAGUUGAGCGCAUUAAGGCCACCCAAUAUGAGGAUGAGCGAUUAUGCAAAUACAGAGAUGAGGCCUUAGCUGGUAAAAGCAAGGAUAUGAUUAUUGAAAGUGAUGGUGUGCUUCGAAUGGUACAAGAAGCUAUGGACAAGGUCCAGUUGAUCAGACAGAGAUUGAUUGCAGCUCAAAUGUUUCAUGUCUCAACGCUAAGGAAAUGUAUGUCACACUCAUCUCAGAUGCUUGAAGCACCUGCUAUAUCACUUGAUGAGAAGUUGUCUUACGAGGAGGAACCGAUGGCUAUUUUUGAUAGGCAA